CAAUGUCAUAAUUUUUUUGUUCGGAACUUCGAAGGUCUUUUCUCAUUGUUUAUUGUUUAUUUAUCGUUUGUAUUUUACUAUAAUUUUGUUAUCGAUUUAUUCUAUUGUUCAAGUAGUGUUUCAUUAUGAAACUCUUCAUGGCUGAAGAUAAUCUGUGUGCCCAAAAUUUAUUAAAACUAGUGUCACAUGGCAAUGCUAUAUUAGCAGAAAUAUUGAGGCUCAAGGAUCACAAACCUACUAUUUAUUUAUUAGAUACCAAAGAGUUACAACAAAAAUAUCAAGAUGUCAUUUUGGACUUCAGUUAUUUUAAAACUGCAGAUGUUCAAGAAAAAAAAAUUUCUAUGAAUUUGAAACUACAAGAUUUGGAUGAUGACUUAAAAGAAAAAUAUUUAGAGAUAAUAUCACGUUUUUAUUUAUUGUUUGAAAAUAUAUAUCAAUAUAUAAUGGACCUCAAUGCUUUUAUAGAUCAACUACAUGAUAAUGCAUUUAUUCAGCAAAAUAUUGAUACUGUUAUGAGAGAUGUUGAAGGAAAACAACUUUUGUGUGAAUCACUUUACCUAUAUGGUGCUAUGCUAUUAUUAUGUGAUCUUUAUAUACCAGGAUCAAUCAGAGAAAGAUUACUGGUUGCAUUUUAUAGAUACAGCACUAAUCAGUCCCAAACAAAUAUUGAUGAUGUUUGUAAGUUGCUUAGGGACACGGGAAAUGAUCAGUUACAUGGCAAGCGACCAGCCGAUUAUCCAGUUGAAUAUUUCAGCCGAGUCAGCAUUCGUCCUGAUUUCAUAGAUAAAGUUAUUGGGAAAUUGCGAUCUGAAGAUAUAUAUAAUCAACUGGCAGUGUACACCAUACCUGAACAUCAGCCUUCGGCUUUAGCAACUCAAGCAAACAUGCUUGUGGUUUGUUUAUUUUUCAACCCACAUUAUCUCCAUUCAGAUACUUCUAAAAUGAGAGAAAUAGUAGAUAAAUUCUUUCCCAGUAACUGGAUUGUACCUGUUUAUAUGGGAGUUACCUUAAAUUUAAUUGAUUAUUGGGAAAAUUUUAAAGCUGCGAAAUCAGCACUUUAUAAUACUUGUAACAGCAAAGUUAUAAAAGAGACAUUUGCUAAAAGAGGCCUAUCUGUUGAAUUGUUAAUAAAUAAAACUCAUUAUCUCUUAAAAGAGGGAACUUUAACUGAAGAUUACCUGUUGGAUAAUGUUAAUAAAAUAUUAAACCUUUUACUAAAUUCAAAUCUUGUGGUACGUUGGCUAAUGUUACACACUAAUGAUGUUAUAUUUUGUGAUAACAAUAAAAAGAGCAAACAAUUAAAGGAACUAGUUUUAAAAGAAUCUGGUUAUGAUCCAAUAAAAUUACUUGAAUUACUCAUAAGCACAUCAGAAUUAGAAUUGAAAGUUCGAGAUAUGUUAAAAAUAUUACUAGAAAAUAGAAAUGAGUCUUGGAAUGCUAACAAAGCUCUGGCCCUAGAAGGUAUAAAUAAUUUAGCGGAAUUAUUUUCUGGUACUAAACCAGUUGCUAAAAUUCAAGAGAAUGAGCAACUUAAACUUUGGUUUGACAAUAUAGGUAAACAAAUUUCUUCUUUAAGUGAAUCAGUGACAACGAAGUCAUUAAAGAAGAUUACUCAAUUAAUACAAGCAUUAGACGAAGUUGAAGAAUUUCAUGGAAUUAAAAGCACUUCAACAAUUAUACAAUAUCUUUCCGAAUGUAAGGAAGCAUUAAAAAAUAUUUUAAAAACUGCAACAAUAAAAGAAGAUUCAUUAGUGACGUUGGAAACUGUCGCAGAUGUUAGUUAUGCUUGGUGUACUAUAGACGGUUACACUAAAUACAUGCAAGAGAGUAUUAAAGAAAAUCCUGCUGUAACAAGUAGGCUUAGAGCACUUUUUUUAAAACUGGCCAGUGCCAUGGAAAUUCCAUUACUCAGGAUAAAUCAGGCAUAUAGUGAUGAUUUAAUUUCUGUUUCACAAUAUUAUAGUAAUGAAUUGAUAAAAUAUAUACAAAAGGUUUUACAAAUUAUACCUGAAAUGGUUUUUAGUAUUGUAGAAAAAAUUAUAGAUCUGCAGACAUGGAGUAUUAAAGAAAUUCCAACACGAUUAGAAAAGGAAAAAUUGAGAGAAUAUGCACAGCUUGAGCAAAGAAUAGAGGUUGCAAAAUUAACUCAUUCUGCUUCGACGUUUACUUCAGGAAUACUGGAUAUGAGAUCAACACUGGUAGGCAUCAUUAGAGUAGACCCUGCAGAACUGCUCGAAGAGGGCUUAUUAAAAGAAUUGGACAGGCACAUAAGCAAGAAAUUUAUUGAAUUUUUGGAACCGCAAACAAAGAAAUCUUUUACCGCAACCAAUUUAUUACCACGGUUGCAAAAAUUAGCUGAAAGCAUGAAUGGUUAUAAAAGAUCCUUGGAAUAUAUUCAGGAUUACAUUAAUAUUCAUGGAUUAAGAAUGUGGCAGAAACAGGUUGCUGCCAUAAUUAACGAGAAUGUUGAAAAAGAAAUUAGUUUGCGCAAGGGUGUCACAUUGUACAGCCCUUCUGCAGGAUUUAUGGGAAGUCUCGCUAGGCAGAUUGCACAAUUAACGGACGCCAGAUGUUGCAGUUAUGUUACUAUCUGCGCUGCUUGGUAUGAUAUAAAAACUGAAAACGAGGUCGUUAAUACCAAAACAUUUGCUAAAUUAAAUGACGCCAUAGGUGUUAUUGGUCUUCAUGGUUUAGACACUCUAUAUGGACAUAUGAUCAAAAAUCAGUUACAAACUGUACAACAAGUAUUAAGACGCAGUCACGAUAGAAUUAUUGUGGGAAAUAUGAAAGAUAUCAAAGAUAUUGAACAGAUUAUUUUAAAAGGACAGAAACAAAUCCUACAGUUAUUGGAAGUACUAGUACUUAUUGGAACAUUACAAACACUCAGAAGACACAUUGCUUAUCAGUUGAAUACUAGUUGUAAAUUUGACUCUGCACAUUUAGAGUCCUCUCUCAGAACAAUGAAUGCCUCAGUACUGCAAGAAUUGAAACAUUCAAAUACAGAAUAUAAAUCAAAAUUAUCAUCGACACUAUUGCAUAGUUUGGAGGAUUAUUUAGUGAGAUGUGGAAUCUAUGACCCUUUUGAGAAAAUAUAUUUGAAAUUUUCUAACGAAUUUUUGAACAUGAACAUUAGUCAGAUAUUGGCGAUAGUUUUAAUAUCCCAAUUACUCAAACUGCAAAUAAGCUCCACUACAGGUGAUCUAAUGUCAAAAAAGGCAGGAGAAAAUAUUGAUGGUUAUCCAUUACUCGUCGGAAUUUAUACUCUUCUGCGUCAUACGAGAACAGAUAAUAUUGAUAUAUUUGUGGAUGUUCUAUGCAAUUAUGCAAGCUUGAUAAUAAGUGUCAAAUCAUCGAAGUCCUCGGAUGCAACAUAUGAAGGCACAUUAACUAUAAGAGUACUGCAACUCUUUUGUGAAACUUUCAAUUAUCCGUUCAAUAAACUGGAAGACAGACUUCCUCUGGCUCUCUUAACAAUUUCGUCGCAAAAGUAGUUUAACUUGUGCAAAACUUAA